CAAGCUACACAAAUACAGCCAGAUGUAGAGAUGGGAACGAUAUCUGUUCAAGUUGUACAUCAGCAUACUGGAGAUCUUGAGCCUCAGCCACAAUCGAAGGCCAAGGCUACUAAGCAGCUACAGCAAAAGCAAAAGGAGCAACAAUGGCAAACACAGCAAUCUCAAAAUCAGCAACAAAAGGAACGACAUCCAGACCGAAAAGAGCAGCAGGAGCAAUUACCACGACCAGAAAAGCAGCCCAAGCAACCAGACCAAUUUCAACAGGAACAACUAAAACAAGUACCAUCACAUUCUAUUCCUAGACAGACACAACCAGAUUCAGAUGCCAAGGUUAAAACCCAGACUGUAACUGUGACUCAACCUCUCCCACAAACUCAGGCACAACUCCAAACCAUGGUUCAGUCAGCAUCUCAGACAACUGUAUCCCACACUAUCACAAACACCCAGCAAUCAUCAAAGAUCAUGUCACAAACUAGCCAAGGUGAGUCACAGGCACAAGACCUUCCACCGGCUCAUGGCCCCAUGAAGACACAGUUAUCGACCCAGCCACUAACACAUCUCCAAGGUCAGGCUCAGCCCCAGGGUCUUGCCCAUGGUCCAGCUAUAGCUCAAGUGCAAACAUGGGCUCAAAUUAGACCCUCUUCACCGAUGCAGGCUCCACUACAGGGCAAAAUUCAGCCUCCUGUGCCGUCCCAUAUCCAGCUGCGUAGUCAUCCACAGUCAUGGGCCCCUGUCAGGUCCCCCUCCCCUAAGCCACCUACACAGGCCCAGCAACAAGCCCAUGGUCAAGCAGUCGUUGAUCCUCAAAUCCAUGCCAAGUCUAUGGUCCAAGCUAAAACUCAUCCUCAAACAAUGGCCCACUCAGAAAACCUUGCCCAAUCAAUGACUCAGGUUCAAUCUCUUCAACAGUCCAUAGCUCGUCCUCAGACUGAUCCUCAGUCCAUGGCUCAACUUCAAACACAUCCUCAGUCCAUGGCUCGUCCUCAGACCCGUCCUCAGCCCAUGGCUCAACCCCAAACCCAUCCUCAUCCCAUGGCUUCACCUCAAACCCAUCUUCAGCCCAUGGCUCCACCUCAAACCCAUCCUCAGCCCAUGGCUCCACCUCAAACCCAUCCUCAGUCCAUGGCUCAUCCUCAGACUGAUCCUCAGUCCAUGGCUCGUCCUCAGACCCGUCCUCAGUCCAUGGCUCAACCUCAAACCCAUCUUCAGCCCAUGGCUCCACCUCAAACCCAUCUUCAGCCCAUGGCUCCACCUCAAACCCAUCCUCAGCCCAUGGCUCCACCUCAAACCCAUCCUCAGCCCAUGGCUCCACCUCAAACCCAUCCUCAGCCCAUGGCUCAACCUCAAACACAUCCUCAGUCCAUGGCUCAACCUCAAACCUAUCCUCAGUCCAUGGCUCACCCUCCACCCAUGGCCCAUUCUCAAACACAUAGCCAGACUGUGUCCCAUAUUCAGCAAGUACCCUUGCCAAAUCAACCUGCACGUGUGAUCCAACAUCAAACCCAAACUCAACCUAUAGUCCAGCCACAGGACCAUUUUCAGCCUAUGAUUCGGUGUCUAAUGCAUGCUGAUUCAUCAAUGCAGCGGCAAGGUCAAAUCUCACCUGCCCAGAUGCAGGCUUGGGCUCAAGUCAGAGCUGCAUCCCCAAUGUCUGCCCAGCAACCUCACUCUUAUCCACAGGGUUAUUCCCAGGUUCAGUCUCCAUCCCAGCAGUGGACACCCAAACAGGAACCACAGAAUCAAGCCUUUUCACAGCAGAGACACCCCAUUCCUCAAGCUUACCAUCAGCAGACAGAUCAAACCUCACAGUCUCAGGCAUAUCCAGCUGUCCAGAUUCUUCCACAGUGGGCCCAUCCUAGGCCCCAGCAAAGUCCUCAAAUAGGGACCACUGUGUAUGCUCACGUGGGGCCAGCAUUUACUCUUCCUCGAACACAACCAAUGCCACAAACACAACCCCCAAUAAGGCCUCAGAGAAUGCAGCAGCAGCAGACACAACACCAGCCCCUACCUUAUCCUCAGUCCCUCUCUCAGCAAUAUCCACAAGGCCCUCAUCGACCUGAAACUCAGUAUCACCCUCGACCUCAAAUGCAAACUCAAAUACCUUCCCAAUCACAGACAGCACAUUUAGCCCAUCCUCCACGUCUUUCACAGUCCCAGCUUCAAACACAGAUGCAGACCCCAUCCCAAACAAACAUCCCAACACAGCCAAUGGUAGUUGAAAAAUCCAGUGCUGCACAGCCUCAACAGGCUCAGCAGCCUCAUCAGCCUCAGCAGCCUCUGCAGCCUCCACAGGCUCAGGUCAAUCUUCAGUUCCAGGAGCUCCCUCCACACCCCAAAUGUCAGGCUCAGCAACCUCAACAGGCUCAGCAGCCUCCUCUGCAUCCUCAGCAGCCUCAGCAGGCUCAGGUCAAUCUUCAGUUCCAGGAGCUCCCUCCACAUCCCAAAUGUCAGGCUCAGCCACAGCUACAGCCUAAGAUUCAGUCACAAGCUCAAACAAUAGGUGAAGCUCCUUUCCAGCCCACAUCUCUUGUCCAACCAGCAACACAACCAGAGGUUCAAUUGCCACCUCAAACUAAGGUUUAUUUACCAAACCAACCUAAGACUGAAUCAGUGCCUCAACCUGUAUCUGACCCUCAGUUGCCACCACAAGUCACAAUUCAGGCACAGCUACCACCACAACUUCAGCCUCAACCUCCACUCUUACCAAAGGCCCAAUAUAGCACACAGUCCAAGUCUCAAUCACCCUCACAGGAAAGACCUCAUACCCAACCAAUUCCUCAACGGGUCACUGUGCUGCCUCAGUCCCAGGCUGAGUCACCAGACCUCUGCAUCAAACCUCCAGCCUUGGCCCAGGCACCUCCACAGGCCUACACAGAGGCUUACGCCAAGGCCCAGGCUCUGGCCAGGAAUGGCUUUGAGGAGGCAAAGCACUGCCUGCAGCAGCACAUCCUGGAAGCCAUCAAUGUCUUCAAAGACAAAUGUAUCUCAGCCGAGCAAAUAUCAGUCAAAGAGGCGACACUCAAGACCCUGGACCCUGAGUUACUGGACGAGUUCCUGAGAGCAGCCAAGGGCAUGGAGGCCUUUUGCACUCCGUCACAACUCAGAGAUAUGGAGUUUUUCACCCAGUCUGUCAUAUCACAGUGGGAGGCAGUGAGAACUGAGGUCUCAGGCUUUUUGCAACAAUUACGGUUUGAAGUAACAAGGCGAGACUUUAACACAGCUGCCCUGCAGUGUGAGAUGCUCUUAAGCUCUGGCUUAGAAACACAAAUUCAGGCCUGCUUCUCGGUGGACGGCAGCUUUGCGCAGGCAGGGCAGCACCUGGAGGCUCUGAGGGAGCUGUGUGACACGCUGAGCCCGGAGGACGCUCACCGCCUGGCCCAGACCCAGCUGAGGGAGUGUGAGAAGAGGCUGGCUGCCAUCCAGCACCAGUUCAGCGGAGACCAAGACGCACCACUCCCCGAGUCUAGGAUCUCUGUUGCCUUCAGUGAGGAUGUGACCGCGCAGAAGGAGCAUGAAAUGCCUCAAGUCUGUGUGGAGGUGUCCCAAGUAACGAUGAAGACCCUCAGUGUGGAGAAGAGAGAGGUUGAAAAGCAAACAUCUGUAGAGGAAGAAGUGACCAAGAAGGAAGCUUCAGAGAGAUAUGAGAAUUGUAAGAAGACAUUGCAGGCUCAACUCGCCAAAAACGAACAGAGCAUCAAGGACGUCCCAUCGGACGCAGUCUCUCUCAAAGGCUUGCAUACAAGACUGCAGGAAAUACAGUUCUUGAGGCAGGAGACAGAGUCUCUGUGGUCCGAGUACGGACUCCUGUUGUCCCAGGUCUUCCAGCUGAGUGGUAACACUGAUCUGGAGCAGGAGAAAGCGGAGCUGCAGGAGCAGUGGCGCCGCCAACUGUUGAACCUUCAGAGGAGAGGGAGCUCGCUGGGCGCCGCCCUCAGACAGAUCGACUCCACCGAGAACCACAUGGUGGACUUCACGGACCGCAUGGACCGUUACCUGAGGCAGCCCAAAGACAUCACGGCUUUCACGCUGGCUAAUACCAACAUCCUGAAGGACAUUAAGGAACUGGAUGACAACAUUCAGAAUGAGCUGGACCAACUUUCCCGCUUGGACCCUGAAUCCAGCGAUCUGGACCCCAGAGACUGUUUCCCACUGUCCCGCGAGGUUGAAACCCACAGAACCAGCCUGGACCAGCUCCGACAGCAGGUCCGGAAGAGCGAAGCAGCCGCCCGAGCCCUUGACCGGUUCCUCAUGUCCCUGCGCACGGUGGACGAAGGCAUCUCUGGAGUCCAAGGGACGCCCUGCAGCGACGCUGCAGUGCUGCAGGACGGUCGCUCCAAGCUGGCGGUGAUCCGACAGAACAUUGACAGUCUGAAGGAGAAGGCUCCUCAGCUGGAUCUGCUCCUGCAGGGAGCCAGGCUGACCAUCACCCGGGACGGCGUCCCGGCCUCCUGUCUGGACAUGGUGACCGCUCUGCUGCGGAGGCUGGAGGAGGCCGACAGCGGCUUGGCCGCUCAGCAGCGGGGUCUGGUGAAGGAGACGCAGGGUAAAUCCCUGGGCCUGAGGAAGAGGGCGCUGCUCGUGGAGCUGAGAAAACUUCAGGACACGAUUGAAACGCAAGGCCUGAAGGAGCCGACCUUACCUGCUGUGCAGCACAGAAUUCGCGGCCUGUCAGAUUUGGAGGGCCAGAUUCAGAGCCUGCAUGCAGAGCUCCAAAAUGUCCGUGACCUGCAGGAGAAACAGGGAGGAGGAGAAGACCUCCUGCAGGAGCUGGAGACUCAGUGGGGGGACACUCACAGAGGUUUUUCUGACCGGAAGAAGCAGUACAGCCUCCUGCUGGAGAAUCUGAAGAAGUUCCAGAGCUGCCGCAGUCGUUUGAGCAGCACCAUGCAGAGGGCGGAGCAGACCGUCAGUGAGCAGGCGUCGUACAUGGGCAGAGACAACCUGCAGAGAAGCAUGACCAAGGUGCGUGACAUUAAGGAGGAGCUUGGUGGUAUUGGGGAACCCAUGGAGGAGAUGAGAGGUGUUUGCAAACAGUUGCAGACACAACUGAAGACGUUUCCCGACUGCAGCGAGAGUCCAUAUGAAGCAGAGGCCCACACGCUGAUGGACAACUACCUGGACGUGACAGAGAAGACUGACGCUUACAUGGACAACCUCCGGGUGGGACUGGAGCUGUGGGACAAGCAGCUGAUGCUCGGUGGAGAGGUGGACGCCUGGGCGGGAGCCAAACUCGCCCUGUUUGCUGAGAGCCAUCCCUUCUACAACGAGCAAGAUGUACUAACCAUGAGGGAUGAGAUUCACACGCACGAGGAGAACAUUGAGCAUUUCCACAAAAAGUCUGUGGAGAUCCAGGAGAUGCUGCAGAGUCAGGAGGCUCCACUGGAGCUGCAGGUGAUGGAAACACAGCUGAGGAAGAGGAUGGAGCAGGUGAAGGAGCUCUUCACUGACUGCACCGACGUCUUCGAGGAGCUGAUCGCUGUGAAGAAACACCUCGCUGAGAAGAUCGAUGAGUGCCAGUCAGCUGUGGAGAGCAUCCAGUGCUCUCUCAGUAAGACGGAUGCUUCAUCGCCGAAGGUGGAAGAACAGAUACAGGAUCUGGUGAAAGAUCUGGAGGCUCAGGAGGAGCAGGCUGACGCUGUGUUGAAGGAGGUGGCGUUGGUUUCCAGUGUGGCCAGUCCUCAGGUGCUGGAGGCUCUUUCUGUGGACUCCAACAGGCUGAGGGAGGCCAUCUCCCGCACCAAAGACAUGAUCCACCUGAAGACAGAGGAGAGAGACAAGGGUCUCUUCAAAGUGCUCCAAGAUGAAAGGCAGUCAUUUGAAGGAUGGUACCAGGACCUGCAGUUGUCUGUCAAUGAGUGCUUUGAGAACCCUGAGAGCAGAGCAGACGUGGAGACAUCUCUGCAGAGACUCUCUAGUUUCUUAAAAUCCAACGACGCAGAGAGACGCCUGGAGCAGCUGAAGGUUCAGCUGGACAGAGGCAGCCGGCAGGUUCCUCCUGAGCAGCUCGCAGAACUCAACACCUGGCUGAAGGAGCAGCGGGAGGAGGUGGAAACGUUCAGAUCCCACUGCCUUAACCGGCAGCAGCAGAUGGAGUCGCUCCUCGGCGACUUAAACAGUCUACAAAAGCAGCACGACAGCUUCCGUGAGUGGCUGCAGGUCACGGAGAAACAGUCUGUGGUGUCACAGAAAGAAGAAGAUCUUCUCAAAGAACUCCAGGACAAGAGCGGCAGAGCUGAGGCCCUGAGGGAGCUGCUGGCCUCGUUACGCAGACAAGGCGUCAGAGCGGAAAGCCUCCUGAAGGACGGCGAUAACCUGAUCCAGCGCUACAAGAACCUGGAGGCCAGGCUGCAGAAACGGGCCAAGACCCUGAGUGACCUGCAGGGGGAGCAUGACAGUUUUAAUACCCAGACUGAGAGCACAAGGACCUGGAUCCGAAACCUCCUGCGACCCCUGACCGACACCGACAGAGAGGCCCAGAGUGAGCGCAGCGGGUCCUGGAUCAAAAACAUCUUUAAGUUCCUCAGCACACCUGGAACUAAGAACCAGAGUGAGGAGUUAAAGAGCACAGCACAGACGAUCCUGAGCUCCAAACCUGAAGGAGACUCAAAGCUGGAGAACCUUAAGAGUCUCAGCCAGAGUCUGAGUGACCACGAGGACCUGGACGAAACCAGGAGACAGGACAUGCAGCGCUCGCUCAGAGACACAGAGGAGCAGUGGAGAGAAGCUCUGCAGAUGGCCGAGGACACUCUGAGCGAGGCGGAAAAACAGGACCUGUUAGACCAGGACCUGGAGGCUUUAAAGACCCUGAAUGAAAGUGUCCAGUCCUGGAUACGAGACCAGGAGGAGAAGCUGCAGUCUGUCCACAGUCACAUGCAGGUGGAAGAGAAGCUACAGGUCGCACAUGAAACACUAAACUCCAAACCUGAGGGAGAAUCAAACCUCCAGGAUCUAAAGCAGCAGUGUCAGAAACUAUGUGACAACCAGACUCUGGACGAGAGCGGGAGACGAGAGGUUCAGGACGUGGUUGAUCAGACAGAGGAGCAGUGGAGGAAAGUCAUGAAGGCAGCGGAGGAGACUCUCGAUGAGGCAGAGAGAGACGCGACAGCCCAGAGUGAAUUAAAUGCUUUUAAAAUUCAAAGUGAAAACGUCCAGUCCUGGAUGAAGGAGCAGAAGCAGAGGCUGUUGUCGCUCAGUGGCCAAACACAGUUUGAUGAAAGGUUACAGAUUUCACAGACGGUUUUGUGCGAGGGCGAGUCCAAGCUGCUGGACCUGAGGACGCGAGGCCAGAGUCUGCGAAAGCGCCUGCAGGAGAGCAGGAGAGCGGAGGUGGAUCGGCCGCUCGGGGACACGGAGCAGCUGUGGACGUUGGUCGUGCAGGUCGCAAGUCUGGCAGAACUGCGGAGUCUGUCCGACGACUUUGACGCUCAGAGCAAAGACACUCGCGCCUGGGUCAGAGAGCAACAGCAGAAGAUGCAGUCGGCUGGUUUUCAGACGCCGCCCGAGGAAAGACGUCUCACAGCUCAGACCAUCUUGGACGCCAGACCUGACGGCGACUGUAAGGUCAACAAUCUGAGGAGACGAGGCCAGAGCGUGUGCGACCACAAAGACGCAGACGAGGGCAGGAGGGAGUUUGUUCAGCAGGCGGUCAAAGACACGGAGGAUCAGUGGAGGACGCUACUGAACGCCGCCCAACAGGUCAAAGGUGACGCGGAGGCUCAGGUCGCCGACGACACAGAGAGGAGAACGUUCCAGCUGAUAGAAUUUGACACCUGUCAUCUGGACACUGGACGCUGGCUUGAAGACAUUCAACAGCGUCUGAGCUCAGUGAGCAGCCAGACGUCAGCUGAGGACAGACUGCACUCGGCACAGGACAUCAUGAGCUGCAAACCUGAAGGAGACUCCAGGCUCCAGGAGCUGAAGAGACGAGGACAGAGUCUGUGCAGUCUGGACGUCGACGACGACCAAAAACGACGAGUGGAGGAGCAGGUGAGAGCCGCCGAGGGGCGGUGGGCCGGAGCCGUGCGGGACGCCAAAGAGACUCUGGAGAGGGCGGAGAAGCAGUGUUCGCUGGAGGGUCAGCUGAGGGACUACGAGGUCCAGAGAGAGAGCACCAGAGUCUGGCUGCAGGACAAGCAGCAGAGCCUGGUCGCCCUGGAGAGUCAGAGGGAUCCGGAGAAGAUCAUCGUCACUGCGCAGACGAUCCUGAGCUCCAAACCCGAGGGAGACUCCAAGCUGACGGAGCUGAGGAGACGCAGCCAGAGUCUGUCUGACCAGCAGGACGUGGAGGACGACGUGAAGCAGGAGGCCCAGCGGACGACGGAGGACACCGAGGAGCAGUGGAGGACGGUGCUGCAGAGCGCAGAGAGCAGCCUUGACAAAGCCGAGGUCCAGUACUCGCUCUCCAGGGAGACGGAGGCCUUGUGCUUCCAGGCCGAGAGCACCAAGGCCUGGGUCCAAGACCUGCAGGAAGAGGCCAACGCCAAGGGGAGAGGACCUCGGGGAAGUCAGGCUCAGAUAGAGGACCGACUCAACACUGCACAGAUCAUCUUAAGCUCCAGGUGCAACGCCGAGGCUCGGGUGGCUGAGCUGAAGAGACGAGUGCAGAGUCUCUGUGAGCACAAAGACCUGGAAGACGAGAAGAGGCUGGAGGUGGAGCAGACGGUCGGAGACAUCGAGGAGCAGUGGAGGACGCUCCUUCAAGCUGCCGAGGACACGCAGAGAGAGUUGAAGGACGUGGUGGAGCGCCAGGCGUCCUGUCGCUACAAGCGCGUCCAGGCCGAGUCGCGUCUCUCUGAGAUCCAGGCGCAGGCGUCCGCGCUGCCGCGGCUCUUUCCCUGGCCGGGCCUGGGAGAGCGGAGGCAGGCGGUGGAGAGGGCGCGGGGGCUGCUGGAGCAGAGCACGGCGCUGGCUCCUGUGCUCGCACGUGUUCGUGCUCAGGCAGCAGAACUGUUUGAGGUCACUCAGGAUCCAGACUGGGCCGACGCGUCCUGGUCGACCGGAGAGGAGACGACGAUCCCCGCUCUGCUCAAAGAGCUGACGGAAACGGUGGCGCUCAUGGUGCAGGGCGUCAUGACAGAGAGACAGUGCACUCAGCUGGUGGAGCAGCAUGAAGCAGCUCAGGACUGGCUGAGGGAACACGUCAAAGGCCUGGAAGAACCUCCGGCCGACAGACAGGGUCUGCACAACACUGUCAACACGCUGAAGGCUUUGCUGCAGACGGUGGAGCGGGAGCACAGAGAGAUGAAGGAGCUGGACUCGGCCAGAGACGACCUGCUCAGCCUGUGCACGCCCGGCGGCCGCGAUGCUCUCGCCCUGAACGUCGGCCACCUCCACGACCUCUGCGCCGCCUCGGAGCAGGAGGUGAGGAGGCGGCUGGCGCUCUGCGAGUCCCGGCUGGAAGGACUGGAGCUGCAGCUGGACCACAGGAGCCGGGAGCUGAAGGAGAGGGCGGCGGCACUGCAGUGGGAGCUGCGCUCUCUGGACCAGGCGCUCACCUACAGUGAACCGCAGAACAACAUUGCUCAGCUUCAGCAGCACUGGAGCAGCCUGCAGAACUGUGAGAAGUCGCUGGAAGAUUUGGGCGUGAAAGUUCAAGACCUCCGCGAGGAAGUGAGGUCAGCGCCGGACACCAACGAGCUUCCUGCAGAAAUAGUCAGAGUGGUGGAGUCUUUAUGUCAACAACACGACAGUCUGAAGUCCAGGCUGAAUGAGCAUCGAGGCACCUGCACCACAAACACAGUGCGCUGUCUAAGAGAGUGUCUGGAUGCCCUGCAGCAGUGGAGUCAAAGCAAACCGUCGCAGACCGUUUCCUCUGUGCAGGGGACGUUAGACGAGGGUGAAAAGUUGCAGGCCAGACUGCGGGAGGAGCGUUCUCAUCACGAGUUUCUGACGGACUGCCUGACGCCAGUUUUGUUUGUGAAACUGGAGAGAGACGGAUCAGAAACACUCAGAGAAGCUGAGACUCAUAAAAGCUCCCUCAACUGGAGCUUAAAGGACCUUGAAGAAGAGGAGAAACAAAGACAACAUGACCUUCAGUCCUCUGAUGUCCAGUCCAUUAGUCUGAAGAAGACAGGGACCUCUUUCGUGGCACCGCCAAGAAAAAGCAAGCGCUCUCCCGAGAAAAAAGCCCAAGUUAAGCUGCAAAAACCCAUUCCAUUAACAGGAGAAUCCACAUCUGCUGAGGACGUCUUGUCAGUUUCAGUUGAGGCUUUGCAAACUGAGACUUCAGCGCCGAAGCCUGACGUGACAGACGUCACGGAAGACGCCGAGACUGCUGCCGAGGAAACGACGACAUGGAAAUCUCCGACAGAUGUUUCAGAAACCAUCACCACCACUGAAGUGGCACAGCUUAAAGGUUCAAAGCCCGAUGUCACGGGUGAACCCAGUGAAGCUGCGGCCGGUGAACCCUCACUGAUCCAGGACGUCACUGAAACCGUUGUUCAAGAAGAAACUACACCUGUACCAUCCAGAAGAAAAACCAAAACCAAAACCACUGUCUCAUCCAGACCACUUAUUCUGGAUGGGACAAGGAUUCCUGACCCUGUAAAAACUGAUGUUGACGAUGAACUCACCAAGAAAGUUCAUGAGAUCCCAGAAUCACUCACAGAGCAAGUAAAGACCACGGCAGAGCCCGGGCAAUCUGGUGAAGAGGCAAUGAGUCUAGAAGUGUCCCAGGCAAUCACGGAUGCAGAAACUACACAGUUAAAGGAUGAUUUUGAAAGUCCAACUCUCCUGACUUCAGAGCCUGUCACGGAAACAGAUGCAGAACAACCCAAGUCUGGUCUUCAAACACAAGAGUUGGAGAGUUCAGAACUUUCCACAGUUUUAGAGCCAUUUACUGCACAGACUUUAAUUACUGAUUACUUUGAAGAGCUUCAGGAAACUAAGAAAGAACCUGAGGACGGGGAAACUUCAAUUGUGCAGGUAACAAUAGAGUCGACUGAAACUGCUUGUGUGGAAGAACGUAAACUCUUGCCAAGUGAAAAACAGGUUGAAGACACCAAGACCGAAACACCUGAGGCUGAUAUUGUGGAGGAAAGUAAGGGCGUACCACCCAGAAAGAAGUAUAAGAGUGGUGAACCAGUGUCAGGAGCUGAGGAGUCUACAUUUGUGGUCAAAGUAUCAGAGAAGUUUUUAACCACAGAGUUUGUGCCAGGGCUACUAGAAAGAGCUGCUCUAGAGACAAUUGAGAUUUUACUACCUAAGCGAAAAUCAAAGGAUCCAAAGCGUUCUCAGAAACACAUGGAUCAGCUGGCAGCACACAUGGAGGGGGAACCUGAAAGUCAACCGUCUGACUUGAGUUUGAAGGAGCAAACUGAAAGUGCUGGUGUUGCUUCUCUAGGUGAGGAACCUAAAGAUAACAAGAAAGAAUAUGACGACUUGAAGACGUCUUCAAUUACAAAGGAGGUCACUGAGAGAACUGAAAUGACUGUGAAAGAAUAUAAGCUUUCUCCAACUAAAAGAAGACCAAAGGGACCAAAGCUCUCCCCUGGACAUGGUACCAAAGGGGUGGAAGAUACUAAGCAACUGCCUGACAGCCAGGAGCCAUCCAGAGAGCAAACUGAAAAUGUUGUGGAAGGAAUUGAAUCACAGAGUCUUGAAGUCUCCACAGUUAUGGAUAAAAUGUCUCCCCACGAUAGAACUGUUGGUGCAGAAGAACCUGAAAAGACUCCCAUUGUCACAGAGUUUGGUGAAGGUCAAGCUGAAUUUGUUGUUGUGGAAAAAAGUAAAUUAUCACCACCAAGGAGAAAGUCAAAGAGAACUGAGCUUCCUCUAAAACCUGCUGACGAUGAGACACCGCAGGCAUUGGAGGAGCCAGAAGGUCAGAAACCUGUUGUGAUUUCCAGUGUCCAAAAGGAAAAAGCUCUUGACAUUCUCCCAGCAUCUGAUUCAGGUAAAUCAGCUGAUGUGGCAUCUGAACAAAAUGAGACUGAAGUUGAUAAUCAAAAGUCCUCAGCUCCAGAUGAGGCCACAAGCCAGAUCUUGCCAGGCAGAAGAAAGUCAAAAAGUCCAAACGUUUCUCCAGAACUUUCUCCCAUGGAGGAAACACAGGCUGUGGAAAAACUUGACAGUCAGAAAACUGAAGCUGCUGGUGUGGAGGAACCUAAGGCUUUACCCAGCAGGAGGAAGUCAAAGAGUCCAAAGGUCUCUCCAGAAGCUCCUCGCAAGGAGGAAACACAGGCUAUUGACCAAACUGAUAGUCAGAUAACUGAAGCUGCUGUUGUAGAAGAACCUAAGGUUAUACCCAAGAGGAAGUCAAAGAAAGGCCCCGACAGUCCAAAGCUAUCUUCAACUGAACCAACUGGAAUGACCGUUGAGGUAAAAGGAAAGCUGUCGCCAUCGAAAAGAAAAACAAAGGUCCCAGAACUUUCUCCUGAAGUUGUCACUAAGGAUGAGGCACAGAUUGUAAAAGAGCCUGAAAUACAGACAUUGAUGGAGCAAACUGAGACUGAUGUUACAACAACUCGAGCACCAGUGUGUGACAUUACUGUGGCUGCUGUUGUGGAGUUCAAGGAAGGUGGGAAUGAGCUUGAAAUCCAUAAAUCAACUUCAACUGGACAGGCAGUCACUGAAGCAAAGGAGAUUACUGCUAUUGAGGAAAGUAAGGUCAUGCCCAGUAGAAGAAAGACAAAGAGUCCAAAAGUUUCUCCCGAACUUUCUCAUAAGGAGAAAAAACAGACCAUGGAAAAGCCUGACAGUCAGAUAACUGAAGCUGCUGUUGUGGAAGAACCUAAAGUUGUACCCAACACGAGGAAGUCAAAGAAAGUCCCUGCCAGUCCAAAGCCAUCUUCAACUACAGAGGUGGAUGCAGGAAAAACUGAAAUAACUGUUGUUGAAAAAGGAAAGCUGUCACCAACCAAAAGAAAAACAAAGGCCCUUAAAGUUUCUCCAGAGCUUUCUGCCACAGUCCGAGCAAAUACUAAUGAAGAGUCUGAGAGUCAAAUGCCAUCUUCAGGUCCAGAGGACGUCACAGAAUCAACUGAUAUUUCUAUGAUGGAAAAGAGAACACCAGAUGUCACUGUUGUAGAAGAAACAAUGCUAAUACCGACUGAGGUUUGCACAGUCCCAGAGGCAGUCUCUGCUCCCGAAAGACCUGCUCAUGUAGAUGCUGAAGAGGGUAAGAAGACAUACACUGAUGACGAGAAGCCUGUCACAACUUCAGAGAUCAUCGCAGAGAAGACGGAAAUUGCAAUUGUGGAAGAAACUAAACCCAUAAGCCAGGAAAAAGACAUCAAGAGAGAUAUUACCCAGACGUUUGAGAUAAAGCCAGUUCACCCAGUAGCUGAACGCGACUCCACUCAGACCACUACUCUUGAGUCAGAGGUGACAGAAAUGAGCCCAACUGAGCAAGAAAUAAUAAAACUAAGUAAAUCUAUGAGUCAUCUUAAGCUUAUGGCAACCACACUGAAAAAACAGGAUAAGGAACAAGUCUCUGAUGAACCAUUAAAACCAUCUUACAAGGAAACAUGUGUCAUUGAAAAGUCUGAGAGUCAAAUAACUGAAGCUGUGGUCAUGGAUGAACCUAAGGUUAAACCCAAUAAAAGGAGGUCAAAGAAGAGUGCUAAUGGUAAGAAGCCAUCUUCAGUGGUCACAACACUGACCAAAAUGACUGUGGUGGAAAAAGAAAUUCUUUCACCAGAAGUUUCCUUAGAACUUGCCAAUAAGGAGAAGAUUCCAACUGAGAAGAUAGAAGAUCAGAUGUCAUCCAAAAUGCAAACCGAUGUUGCUGUCGUGGAAGAAACCACGCCUUUGACAGGAGCAAUAUCAAACACUGUUGAGGUUUGCGCAGUUCCAGAGAUAGUCUGUGACCUUGAAAGGCCUGCUGAUGUAGAAGAUAAAGAUUCUAAAAAAGAACUUGACAUUGUGGAAUCUGCAGAGGUUGCUACGGAAAAGUCUGAAACUGCGGUUGUGGAAGAAGCUAAACCCACAAGUCAGGGGGUCACUAAUCUUGUUACGUCAAUUGCCCGUCAAUUAAGAGAAACUGCAGGGGAGAUUCAAACUACUCUAGUAGACAUGAUCACUUCUCAAGUUGAAGUUUCAGAUUCUAAUCAGGAAGUUCCAAAAGAGGUUGUCGUACAGACUGCAGAUACUCAACAACCUCAACUGGAGAGUGAUACUUCUCAUCCUCAAGAUGAACCCCUAGAGUCUAAAGGUGACUCUAAAAAGGCCUUAGACAAAACCAUAGAUGCACCACAUGAAGCAGAAUACAUUGACAACUUACUGAAAGAGACAACAGAAAUUCAGAGGAGAUAUUUGGUACUCGAUAUGACUGGAACCACCCAGGCACAGGAGAUAGAGCCAGACCACCCUGAAGCUGAAGGAGACACCACUCAUGAGGCAGAGGCAGAUGUGACACUAAUAAGCCCAACUGAGCAAGAAAUCAUCAAACUAAGUGAAUCCAUGAGUCAUCUUAAGCUCAUCGAAACCACAAAGAAAAAAGAUAAAGUGGACAAGAAACAUGGUCUCAUUCUACAACUCGAUAAAGAAGAGACAGCAAAGGAGCCAAAAUUAGACAUCACUGAAACGAGUACAGAGAGGGAAGAAGGACCAGAAAAGAAAGAACAGACUAGUCCUGAUAAGCCUGGGGUUGGUGUAACUGAGAUAAAUGUUCAAGUCAGCAUAACUGAAUACAGUGUCCAAGAACAGCCUUCUACACUGUUGCUACAUGACGUAGACAAAUCACCCAAAAGCUUGGAUGAAAACACUUCCAUUGAGAAAAUCCACACAGAGCCAUGCGUUAUACAACUAGAUGUACAGACCACGACAGAGGGGCAACUGCCAAUAAUAAAUAUUCAAACAAAAGCUCUGAUUACUGUUGAUGUUAAACCAGAAGACACCGCAGGUGAGGUCGUUGAGAUUAAGGUGCAAGAAAGAAAAGUUGAAAGUCAAAGCAAUGUGGUUCAAAUGGACUCGGCUCCGCCUGCUGAAUCGCUUCAACCAUGUGACACAGAGCAAGAAGUCACAGAAAAAAGCAUGCAUAAGGAAAACAUUGCAAAACCAAGUCAGAGUGAAAUGGAGACCUUGAAAGCCAAAGAGGAAAAACCAAAAGAAAAGCAUCCUGAAACAUCAACACAUGUAACCAAAAGCCUGGAUGAAAAGAUGGUGACGACUCAUGUGGAACGUGAAAUACGGGUGAUACAACUCGAUAUGCCGACCACUUUUGAGGAGCACGAAAAAACACAUGUCAAGAUAACCAAAGAGCUAAAGAUAGAUGUACAGACACAGAGCGACAACGGGCCUCCAAAUAAAGAUGAGACUGUGGCUGACGAGCACUCAGAAGGUGCUGCCGAUAAGACAAAAGAAAUCAAGUCAGUCACUGAUUUGUCACCAGCUCAGCAGAGUGAAGGACAGGAAGACACUUCAAAACCAAGAGAAACAGUGACAAAGACAGACCUAAACGAUCGUGAAGUGCAUGAAGACCAGUCUGAGGUUCCUACAGAUGAUUUUUACGAUGCCCUUCAAAGUCUGGAUGAAAUGCCUGUUAGUGUGGAGAAAAUCCAUGUGGAGCCUGAAGUGUGUGUUUUACAACCUGAUACACAGACCAUUAAGCCAGAUCAGACUGAUGGUGAGGUGACCAUGCUCGAAGUGAGGGUUGAGAAACCUGACAAGGAUGAGCCACAGACAGCCGAUGAAACCUUUGUUGUCACCACACCUAAAAAACCACAGGUGGAUCAAUUUGCACCUCAGAAUCUGGAUGAAACUUCUGAAAGUGUGGUGGAAAUUACAGGGGUCAUCAUAAAGGACCACAAAAUCACAUGUGUCUCAAUGACAGAGGAGCCAGGCACUGAAAGAGAACAGACUACUGCCCUCAGUGAAACAGUUCCAGAAGACAAAGAAAAGAAAGAAAAUGAUGAUCAGACUGAUGGUGAGGUGACCAUGGUAGAAGUGAGGGUAGAGAAACUUGACAAGGAAGAACCACAGGAGGCUCAAGAAACCAUUUGUGUCACCACACCUAAAGAACCACAGGCAGAUGAAGAUGCAUCUCUGAGUCUGGAUGAAACAUCUGUUAUUGAGGAGAAAGUCCACAUUCAGCCUGAAGUGUGUGUUGUACAACCUGGAAUCACUUGUAUCGUCAUGACAGAGGGGACAAGGAUUGAUGCGGAAGUGAUUGCCCUUACUGUAAAACUUCCAGACGACAAAGAAAAGCCAGAUCAGACUGAUGGUGAGGUGACCAUGAUAGAAGUGAGUGUUGAGAAACUUGACAAGGAUGAGCCACUGGAGCCUGACACAACAGUUUGUAUUACCACACCUAAAGAACUGCAGGAAGAUGAAGAAGGACCUCAGAGUCUGGAUGAAACAUCUGUUAUUGAGGAGAAAGUCCUCAUUGAGCCUGAAGUGUGUGUCGUACAACCUGGGAUUACCUGUAUUGUCACCACAGAGGGGACAAGGAUUGACAAAGAAAAGCCAGAUCAGACUGAUGGCGAGGUGACCAUGAUUGAAAUGAGGGUUGAGAAACUUGACAAGGAUGAGCCACCGGAGGCUGAUGAAACAAUUUGUGUUAUAGUUGCUGAAAAGCAAGAGGAUGGAGCUCAGAGUGAUGCCAUUGAGCCAUCAUCUGUUGAUUUAUCAGCAGCUCAACUGAAUGAGACAUUUCCAGAAAUUACCUUGCCUGAGCAGGACAUCAAAGAAGGACAUGUGCAACUGUUGGAACCUAAAAUGCAUGAUGUACCCAAGAGCCAGGAUGUAAAAUCUGAGAGUGAACAUGAACUCAAAACUGUCACAACUGAAAAGGAACCAGCACUGGAAUCAAGUAUCCAGUUGGAGACAGUUACAGAAAGCAAGGAGAUGAUUCCCACAGAUGUUCAGCCUGACAACUCGACAGUGGAGAUGAGCACGGUAGAAGAGAAAGACAAAGCAGCUGAAUCUCUGCCUGAACUCAGUGUCACUGAUGAAGCUCAAACUGACAAAGACAAAACAGAUGCAACAGAAAAAGAGGAGGAGCCAGAGAGACCCAUUCAGGAUCAACAGACGAAAACAGGGGCCGAAGUAGAUCUACAAGAUAUUCCGUUCCCUGUAGCCACCACUGACGAAGUCAAGAUCCAGAUGAUUGAUUCGUCAAAGCAGGAGUUCAGUACUGAGGUGAAGCUAUCACCUGCCCAAAGACCAGUCUCUGAGGCUGUUCUGGAUGAGAUAACCCAAGUGGGUGGAUUACCUGCUCAGGAAAACAAAGAAGAAAACGUUAUGACGAUGGAGAAACUAGUUCUGGAAGUACCCGAAUGCUCUGCCAUGAGGAAUGUCUUCACAGAGAUACAGCAACUAGUCGGGACUGGACGCAGCAUUCAGGAGGAGGCACCAGAGACGCUGGUGACACCCACCAGUGAUAUGGAGGCUUGUCUACACAGACUGGUCGCUCAAAUCCUGAGUUGCAAGAAUCGCCCGGCUGAGCUCAGCCCAACAGCAAUGGCCCGGCAGGUGGAGGAAGCUCAGCAGUGCAGAGACGCUGCCCAGGCCCAGGUGUCUUUGCUCUGUCACCUGAGAGGAGCUGAUGCUGAGAACGGGGACGUGUUGGACGAUCAGUGGAGCGCCGCUGCUCAGGAUGCAGCUGCUGUCAUCCAGAGCAAAGAGGCCGAGUUGCAGCUGGUGAACGACUACUGUGGACAGACCCAGACAAUCAGGACCACGGUGGAGAGACAGGCCGCAGAACUGGACGAUGUGAAAAAGUCUCCAGAACAGAGCAGCUCCAAGGAGGCAGAGAAGCUCUGCUCCAUACAGAAGAACAUGGAGGCAAACAGAACAGUGUUUGGAGACUUGCUCUUGAUCUUCACCAAGUUGUGUCCUCACCUCAGCCAGUCUGAGCGAGCGUCCGCACACGCUGAGCAGAAGAACCUACUCGAGAAGUGGAGAGGCCUGGAAAGAGCCACGGAGAGGAACCUUAAUCGCGCAAACGUCACUUCCCAUGAGAUCUGCAGCAUCCAGGCGCAGACAUUAACCCUCCAGGAACACCUGGACGCAAUUGAGAAAGAUCUUGAGGGAAAAUCUCCUUCAGUUACUCAGUGGAAUUGCAGGAAAGCUCAGCAACUGAUGGAGGCAAAUGCUGAGGUUAAAGCCGCACAGCAGAGAUACCUCUAUCUGCUGCAGAUUUUAGAAACACUGUUGCUCAGCUCACGGUGGGAGGCGGAAACAAAAGAAGUACAACAGCGUUUCCAGACGAUUGAAGAUAAACUGAACCACACCAAGGAGCUAGUGUCCAACCACACCCAGACCAGCAGCAACCCCGUCAUGGAGAAGAUCAUCACAGUGAUGAGCGAUGGCCUCGUGUGGGCCAAACAGACCGAGAGUGACAUUGAGGGCAGAAGGAGGAGGGUGCCGCUCCUGCCUGAAGAGGUUCACCACCAGCUCAGAGAUCUGAAGAAGCUGCAGUCUGAGGUCAUGGGCAAACAGGGCCAACUGGAGUUACUGGUGGAGGAAGUGAUGGAGCUCCUUCCACAGCUGGACCAAAGCGAGGAGGUGCCCAUGGUUCGUGCUUCUCUUCAAACCCUCAAUCAACUCUCAAACUCCACUUCUGAUAAGCUAGCUGCAGCUGUGAGAGAGAUAGAGUCAGGGCUGCAGACCAGAGAGAAGAUGUCACAGCAGAUUGCUGAUCUGGAUUCAUGGGUGAUGGCUCAUCUGCACCGAGAGGCCUCCAGGGCUGAAGACGGGGAUUCGAGGAGCCAGGCCGAACUGGAACGUAGAGCUCGUCAGAUACAGGAGACGCUGACUGAGGCUGAUAAACUAGCUGCUGUCUGUGAGGCGCUGUUGAUGAAGAGCAGAGAUAUUUCCUCUGAACUCAGUGUCUCAGAGAACUGUCAGCUUUUUGAAAAGCUUUCUAAUCUGCAGGAGGACAUCAGAGCUAUUAGCAGCUACGAAAAGACCAACAAGAAGGAGCUGGACGAAGUCCUCCAGACUGUAGAUUCAAACAAGAAAAAACUGGACGCCAUUGAACAAAGCUUGAGGCAGAUGAUGUUGGACCUCAGCAGACACAGGUUUCCCAUCACAACUGAGUCUCUGCAACCUUUGAAGCCUUUCAAAAACCAGAUCCUGGAGCAUAAAUCCCAGAUUGACCUCCUGCAGCCCUGGAUUCCACAGGAAAAGGCAGUAGAACUACACGCUGUCAUUUCUGAAAUCCACAACAAAAUCAUCAACCUGGAAACUAAAUCCAGAGACCAUGAGAGGUACCUGAACAUGAGGAAACGUGUGGAGGAGCUCAGGGACCAAGUUCAGGACCGGGUUCGACAAACCAAAGAGGACAAUAAAGGGCUGGAGGAGAAGUACAAAAUCUGUCAGACCCUCCUCAUCCAGUUGCCUCUGGUAAAGUGGUUUUGUGAGGAGGCUCACUCUGAACUUCAGGCGAUCAUCUCUGACCUCUACCCUUCUCAGCAGUCGGCAGAAAAACAGAGGCUCAAACAGACCGAGGAGAACCUCGACAUGUGGCAGAUCAUGCUCUACAACAACCUCAGCAUCAUCGAGUGGGACCUGCUCAAGGAACUGGACCUUGAAUCGGUGAAAAAAGACACUCAAGGUUUCCUUGUGUUGGUCCAGCAGCAGCUUCAGAAACACACCGAGCUGGAGCCUUAUGAAGCUGCGGUGAGCGAAGAAUAUCAGAGAGUUCUGUCUUUGAAAAAGACGAUGGAGUCAAAAAUGAGAGCGGUGGAGAUUUUAGAGCAAAAGAAGGGAAAGAGAAAAGACGGAAAACAAGAUCUGAUGGUGUUGAGGAACUCUGUCCUCAGUGACUGCCAAUCCAGAAUGGAAAGCGUCCUCCAGGCCAGGGAGUCUCUGAGAGGCUACACCAGUGCCGUGAAACGAGCCGCGCUCUUCUUGAGAGACGUCGAGGUCUCUCUGCUGCCACCACACAGCUCUGCUGGACUCUGCAGCGAGAGGCUGGAGGAGAUCCAGAAGGCUUUGUCUGCGCUGCAGCAGCAGUUCCAGACUCACGUGGAGCAGCUCCAGAGUCAGUUCUCUCUGCAUAAUCUCCUGUCGCCACAGAAGGCAGAGCAGCUCCAGGAGAACAUCCUGAGUCAGCUCCUGGUCAGGAUGUCCUCUCUGCAGGCCAAAGGUCACCACCAGCUGGAGUCUCUCAGCAGGUGUGCAGAACAUCACAGAACUUACAUCAAGUGUGGAGAUGAACUAAUCCAGCGUUUGAAGAGUGCAGAGGAGAGCCUGCUACAGUUCAUCUCUCAGAAACCCACCUGUCUCUCUGACUGCACUGACCAGGAGGCAAAGCUUGCGGCUCUGUGUGAGGAGGAGGAGUCUCUGCUCAGGCGCAUGCACGACAUGAAGGAGUGGUGUCCGGAGCCGAGCUGUCGCGGCGGCAGAGAGGCCGCGGUGACCGCCGUCUGGAAACGAGUGAUCAGACUGUGGCGCUGCACCCGGGAGCUGGCAGCUCGCAGUAAACAGAGGAUCGUGGAGUGGACGGAGGUCACCAACAGCGUGGAGAAGGCAUCGACUGUGCUGGACCAGGUGGAGGCGGAGCUCCCCGAUGCCUCGCAGGCGAAGGCCUCCGCUGAGGAGCUCCAUGACCUGCUGCAGUCCUGGGAACAGUACCAGGACCGGCUUGACUGUGAGCACCGAUCGCUGUCGGCGCUGGAACUGCGCGCCGCAAGAAUGCUGGGUGUCCCCGCCCACCUUGAGGAGGCCCCGCCCACUCCACUCUGUCAGCAGCUGCAGGCGAUGCAGGCCCGAUACGGCAGUGUGAAGCAGAGGAGCAGGGAGGGUUUGGAGGCGACCAGGUCAGAGCUGGAGCACAGAGAGAAGGUCCAGAAGGAUCUGCAGGGCGUCAGAGUUUGGCUGCAGGCUGCAGACACUCUUCUGUCAGAGAUGGAGAGAAACAACAGCACACAAGAGCUGCAGGAGGUCCACAGUCAGCUCUAUACCCAGAAGGCUUUGCUGCAGCGCAUCAUGGAGAGACUGAAAAUGAAAUACUCUGACAUGGACACGCCCAUCCCGGUCGAGAUCGAGGGUCAAAUGCAGGAGGUCAAUCAGUCUCUGCAGGGAGUGGAAGUCAAGGUGGGCAAGGCCGUGGAGAGGAGUGGUCCCGUCCACAGGCUCGGGGCGAAGCUGUCUGAGCUCCAGGCUGGACUGAGGUCAGUUCAGGACAGACUGGACCAGAGGAGCCCGACCGUGAUCGAGGCAAAGGUCACUCAGAAGCGAGUGUGGGACGAGCUGGACGUGUGGCACUCGUGUCUCGCGUCAGUUGAGGUGGACAUCCAGGACCUGGACAAACCUGAGGAGGCGCUUAGCCUCACGGAGAAGCUGGUGGAGGUCCAGCAGCUUCACUCGCAACUGUCCAAACGGGCCGAGCAGAGGACCACGCUCCUCAGCAAGACUCACACGUGGCUUCAGGAGCAUCGCGAGAUGAUCAGCAGCUCCAAGAGCUGGAUGGCAGAAGCUCAGUCGUGGCUCGCUGCUCCCUGCACCUACACCACGUCUAAAUGUCUGAGCAGCCACGUUCAGUCUCUGCAGAUGGUGUUGAGCGACUCGGCUCAGAUCCGCACCACGCUGCAGGGCUUCAGCUCGGUGCUGAAGGAAAUGUCUCAGGUGUGCGAGGUCACCGCCCUCAAACAGCAGCUGCUGGACGCCGACCACCAGGUGGCCGAGGUUCAAGAUGGCUUCACCGCUCCUCUGGCUCACCUGCAGCACGCCGCCGCCGAGGUGGAGGCCAUCGAGAGCGAGGUCAAGAGGAUGGAGCACGACGUCACGGAGAUCAAGACUUCCUUAUCGUCUCCAGAGGCUUUCCCCAGUCCACGAGAGGAGCACCUGAAGGGGGUCGAGCAAAGGAUCGAGUCCAUGAGGAAAACAGUGGCCGAGAUCCAGAGGUGUAAGCCAGGCCUUUGUCUUCCAGAGAAGGCAGAUGAGACUCUGACUGUCUUCUCUGUUGUGGAUCAGCUCCAGACUCAGCUGUUGGAACUGGAAAAGAAAGUCCCUGCUCUGUUCAUCCAGCAGCCGGCGACACCGGUCCAAACCAAAGCACAGUCAGCCGAGCAGAAGACCAGCGAGGUGGAGGACGAGAAGGAAGACGCAGAGGACGGCCACAUCAAAAUUGUCCACGUGGAAGACGACGUCCUGAGGAGAAGUGGAGCCGCGCUGUUGACCGUGGAGCGGUCAACACCUGAGCAGAGACGGUCGCCUGACCCCGCUCAGGCGGCUCUGGGACAAUCGACCAAUGUUUGCGGCUUUGCUGUGAAUUCAUCACAACACGAGCACCAAGGCAAAGUGCUUCAAGCUGAAGAAGCUGCAGAGAAAAAAGACAGCAGUGAGGAGCAGGGAGGUGUUUGGUGGUGGCUCUGGGAAACUUUCCUGGGCUCUUCUGCUCCUCCACAGGAGGUGACGGAGGUUUCAGGUCCAGAGGAGUCUGAAGCUCCAGAAGCUGCUCCUGAGGUUUCAGGUCCAGAGGAGUCUGCAGCUGCUGAAGCUGCUGCAGGACAAGGCUCUGAACACAGUCCAGAAGAGACACAGGCAGCGCAGGAGCCUGGACCUGAACCCGGCCCUGGCCUUGGUCCUGGGCCUGGACCUGAACCCGGCCCUGGCCUUGGUCCUGGCCCUGGUCUUGGUCUCCAUGUGUGCCUGCAGAGGGCAGGUCAGUUGGAGGCGUGGCUACAGGAAGCCCAGAGGAUCCUGGGAAAAGCUGCAGGUUCGUGUGGCGUCGUCAUGCAGGAGAGCGUUGAGCAACAGCUGGUCACCUGCCAGGAGAUGUUUCUGGAGAUCCAGCAGAAGAUGGACAGUCUGUCAGCGCUCGGUCCAGUCUCUGAUCUGGAACCAGACCUGGGACCUGAACCAGGACCAGACCUGGGACUGGGACAGGUUGUCUCCCAGCAGGAGGCAGCAGAGCUGCUCUUUUCUAAAGUGAAGCUCCUCAAACAGAAGCUGGUUUCCUUCCAGAAACUUCUGCAGGAGGAGAACACAGAGACACAACAACAACAACAACAACAACAACAACAGUCACAGCGCCCCCCUCAGUCUGAGCUGAGGCGCAGCAGCGUUCAGGAAAUCUUCUCCUCGCCGAGAAACAAGUUCCUCAGACAGAACAGUCUGCAGCAGCAGAAGGAGCUGGAGCAGGAUCUGAGUGAACAGAGAGGACUGACUCACGCCAUCGCUCGACUCUGCAGCCAAGAGUCAGAGGAGCUCAGUCAGCCAUCGCCAUGGGGGCCUCCUGCUGGGCCUGAUGUGCGCGCCGUGGAUCAGGAGAAGAAGUGGGCCGCUCUUCACAGUGGGUUCCUGGCUGUGGAGCAGCUCUGGCUGCUUCCUCCCUCUGAGGUGACAGACUCGUGGAGGAGACGCAGACGCUCUGAUGGAACAGCGGGACGUGUGAUUGUCCCUCAGAGUCUCAUCAGGCGUCUCGGGGAACUGGGACUGAGAGCGGCGGCUCAGUCUCUGGACGAGGUUUCCCGUCAGACACUGGACGAGGAUUUGUUUCUUGUUCUGCACGACGUCUCCUUGUCUUUGUCCUCCAUCAAACAUCUGUUGGACUCACCUGAGUCCAGCAGAUGUGAGGAGGACGAGGAUGAGGUUGAGGAAACUAAGCCGAAGCUGCUGCAGCUGCAGAGUCUGUCAGCAGAGCUGUUGACCCUUGGCGAUGAGCUGUCCUCUCAGGGGUCAAAGGUCACCGCUGUCCUGGGCUCAGAGUGUGUUCAGCGGUGUGUCGAUGACCUGAGCAGAGUCCUUCCUGUGGUCCAGGCUGCUCUGACCAGCCGAGAGAAGCAGCUCAAGAACCUGCAGGAGGAGACUGUGAAGCAGAAGAGACGUCUGAGCGAGUUGCAUGCAGCCUUCACCUCUAACCAGACGACGCCUCCUCCUCCUCCUCCUCCUCCUCAAAUAACCAAUAAACUCAGUGAAACUCUGAGCCCUAACCAACAACUACAGGUUGUGAAUGAGACGCAGGCGUCUCUGCAGCUGCAGGUGACACAGGUCAACUCUCUGCUGGAGGACGUCGAGCAACGCAACCCGUCCUCGUCCCUCGUCCACCAGGUCAAACGGCUGCAGGAUGAGCUGGACUCGUCUCUGCGUGGCGUUCACUGUCACUGUGAGCAGCCGACGAGCAGCGAGGAGCUGCAGCACAUGUUUGAGCAGCUGCUCCACAGCCUGCAGGAGCUGCUCACUCUGGGCCAUGAACGCCUCACACACCAGGAGCAGCAGCAGCAGCAGCAGCAGCAGCAGCAGCAGCAGGAGGAGGAAGCAGAGCUGCAGAGCAGGAGUCACCUGCAGCAGCAGCUCAACAGUCACACGAGGUUCUUCCAGUUCCUGGGUCAUCACUGUCAGACCCUGCAGUACCUGACCUGCAGACUUCCACAGAGCGCCAUCCACAGGUGGGGCAGUGCAGUGACGGGCCUGCAGGACCAGGUGACGCGUCUGCAGCAGCGAGGACUGCAGGAAGGAACCAGGAUGCAGGAAACAUUGCAGGUGUGGACACAGUGGGAGGACGACCGUUCCUGGACAGACUCCCUGCUGAGAGAAUUACAGACUUCAUUUCCCAAGAUGCACAAGGAGGGUCCUGACUGUGAUCAGCAGUUAUGUGAGGAUCUCUGCAGCCUCCAGGAGCUUGCCGAUGUUCUGCUGCAGAACAAGGCGCGGUUCUGUCGGAUGCUGGAGGCGGGGCUACGGCUGCAGGCAUUAGGCUGUAGAGGAGUGGGCGUGGCCACCAGUGAGCUGCAGGUGCGCUGGAGAACCCUGCACAUGAGGGUGGACAGUGAACGCACCAGACUCAACAGAACCAAGAAACUGAGACACAGGUUCAUUCAUGACUCUGCUGUCCUGAGUGAGUGGAUGAAAAAGACCCGAGAGCUGAUGAACGACUGGAGUCAGAGAAUCACUGUGGCAGAGAACGAGGAGACAGAUGUGGGACAGAGACGUGAGCUGUACCUGCAGUGUGUGGCUUUGACUCAGGAGUUUGAGGCUCGGUCUGGACUGAAGGUGGCCGUGGUCGGUGCCGGUUCUCAGCUCGUCCAGUUGGAGGAAGACGGCAGAAGCUCUGAUGGAAAUCCAGAAGAUGAUAAAGAUAACGAGACUUCGGCGCCGCAUCUGUGUUCCAUCCACUCCAGGCUCAGACAGACGGAGGACGACUGGUCCGGGCUGCUCACUGGACUUCCUGUCGUCCAACAAGCUCUGCAAAAGUGGUGGUUGAGGAUGUUGAGCCAGCAGGGGGCGCUGCUGGAGCUACAGCCCUGGCUCGGUGCUGCUGAGUCUCAGCUGCAGGAGAAUCGCAGCAGAAUUGACCGAAUGUCCUCCACCAACGCUGAGCUCAGAGAGCUGCUGAAGUGCUGCAAGGAGCGUCGGAGUGAGUUGUCGGCCCAUCAGGCCGUACUGGACCACGUCAACCUGCCACUGCAGACCUGUAGUACCGAUGACGACCAGGCGGGGCGCUACCGACACAUUGAGUUUGCAGAGGACCAGGGUCGUCUCAACCGUCGGUGGCUCAGUUUCCAGGAAACGCUCAACUCUCAGAUCCAGAUGCUGGAGCAGGAUUUACAAACCCGAGCAGAGCGGGAGUCUCGACUGCGGCAGAUCGACAGCUGGAUCGCAGAUCAGAGCCUGUGGAUGGACUCGGCACAGACGCCCAGCAGCUGGACAGAGCUGCAGAGGAGCAUCGACAUCUGCGAGGGCCUCGAGGAGAAGAUCCGGCUGAAGGCUUCAGCUCUGCAGGAGCUCAGAGACAGAGUUUGUGGAAACGGCAGCUGUGAUUUUGCGUCUCACACGCACAAAUCCAUCCAGACGUGUGCGGCUCUCACUCAACAGAACGACUCGCUGAAACGGAGGCUGACUCAGACUCGGCAGCUGUGGGAAACUGUGGACGAGAGUCUGAGUGAGACGAGGCUGAAGACGGCGAGGACGUCCCAGACUCUGGUUUAUCACAGCGACCCUCGGCUCUCCCUGCACGCCCACAGACAUCUACAUGGAAAGCUGCAGCGUCUUCAUGAGGACACAGAAGCUGUGGACGCAGAGUGGGACGAGCUGAGCCGGAGCGUCUCCUCCCUCAGAGGCGCGGUCAGCUCUGCGGCUGCCGUCCUCCUCUCCGAUCAGCUGGACAGACAGAGACACAGUUGGACCGAAGUGUCCGCAGCUCUGCACCGGCGCCUCCACAGGAGCCUGGAGAUCCUGCAGGCGUGGGAGGCCCACGCUCGCCUCGCUGCGACGUUCUCUGAGCGGCUGCAGGCGCUGCAGAGCGACGCCUCGUGCGCUGUGAGCUGUGAGACGUCCGGAGACGACUGCGCUGAGGAGCAGGUCACCGCCAAGAUUCAACACCUUCAGAGUCUCCUCCAGGUCACCCACACUCUGCAGUCUGACCUGCAGGGGGUGCUGGAGGCUUCCAAGGCCCUGUGUCGCUGCCUGGAACCCUCAGCUGCCGCUCUGGUCCAAUCAGAGAGCAGGUUGUUGUCACGUGGUGUCCUGCAGCUCAGUCACAUGCUGACAGGGAAGCUGCGUGAACUGCAGGAGGAGCUGCAGCAGCUGCAGGAGUUCACUGACGUCCUCCAGUCACUGGACACAGACGUGGACGUUUGGCAGCAGCGUCUGGACACCGUGGUUCACACAGGAGAUCAGUCCGGCCUCCUGGAGCCGAGCGCUCGCUCUGCUGACCUGGACGUCCUGAACGAGCUGAGCUGCAGCCUCACGCUGGGCGACGCCGCGGCCCGACACCUGCGACGCCUCAACCGCCGCUGGGCCACCGUGUCCGCCAGAGCCGAGGAGACCUGCAGUGAGCUGCACACAGAGUCCCUGAAGCAGCAGAGUUUCCAGCACAAGUGUGAGAGCUGGACGUGUUUCCUGCAGCAGAUGGAGGACAGCGUGGCCGUGGACGUGGCCGGUUCUUACCUCGGCCUCAGGCAGCAGCUGCGCACGCACAAGAGGUUUGAGGCAGAACUUUCCACUGGUCACCAGAUCCUUCACUCGGUCAUCACUGAAGCUCUCCACCUGCUACAGAGAGGAGAAGUGGACGACAGGAGCGACUUCCUCCUGAAGCUGGCGCAGCUCAGAGAGCACUGGCAGGGGGCGGUGCGGCGCGCUGACCAGCGGCGCUCCCUGGUGGACGGUCUGGUGAAGCACUGGCAUCUGUACGGCCGCAGCCUGAAGAAGCUGCGGAGGUUCCUGUCCGACACGCGGAGCCUCCUCCCGCCGAGCGGGCCGCCGUGCUGCAGCCUGCGGCAGCUCAGACGCUCCCUGAGAGACCUGCAGCACACUGAGCUGCUCUUCCAGAGACACCAGAGCAGCUUCGUCCACACGCUGGAGGUCGGCCGGCAGCUCUUCUCCAUGGGCGACGACGAGACGCAGACACGGCUGCAGGAGGAUCUGGGGACGCUGCAGGAGGAGUGGGACGACCUGCGCGGUCUGCUGAGCCCCAGGCUGCGACUCACGCAAGCCGUCGUCCAGAACUGGGAGCGGUGCGAGGCCGGACUAUCAGACAGCAUGCUGCAGCUGAAGGACAUCAAGAUCAGACUGAACCAGUCGCUCCCAGAGAGCGAUGACGAGCUGCAGAGCGCCGAGAAAUUCAACAAGGAGAUCGAGGACUCCCUGGUGGACUGGGCCGAGAGCCUGACGGAGCUGAGCACCAUGAAGACGGAUCUGUCCCAGUACAUCAUCGCCGACGACGUCCUGCUGCUGCAGGAGCAGGUGGAGCACCUGCGCUGUCAGUGGGAGGAGCUUUGUCUGAAGGUUUCUCUGCGUAAACAGGAGAUCACCGACCGCCUGAACGCCUGGAUCAUCUUCAACGAGAAGAACAAGGAGCUGUGCGAGUGGCUGACGCACAUGGAGAACAAGGUGGUGCACGACUCCGACCUCAACAUCGAGGAGAUGGUGGAGAAGCUCAAGAAGGACUGUAUGGAGGAAAUCAACCUCUUCAGUGAGAAUAAAACACACCUGAAGCAGCUCGGAGAACAACUCAUCAUCGCCAGCAACAAGACAAAGGCGACGGAGAUCAACGACAAGCUGAAGGACAUCAACGACCGCUGGCAGCAUCUGUUCGACCACAUCGAGGCCAGGGUGAGGAAGCUGAAGCAGACGCUGGUGACGGUGCAGCAGCUGGACAAGAACAUGAGUCGCCUGAGGACGUGGUUGUCUCGCGUCGAGGCCGAGCUCGCCACGCCGCUGGUGUACGACGUCUGCCACGGCGACGAGAUCCACAGGAAGCUGGUCCAGCAGCAGGACCUGCAGCGUGACAUCGAGCAGCACUCGGAGAGCGUCGCGUCCGUGCUGACGCUCUGCGACGUCCUGCUCCACGACGCCGACGCCUGCGGUGGCAGCGGCGACUCGGAGAACGACGCCGUGCAGCAGACGACGCGGAGUCUGGACCGACGCUGGAGGAACAUCUGUGCCAUGUCCGCCGAGAGACGCAUGAGGAUCGAGGAAACACGGCGUCUCUGGUCUAAAUUCCUCGACGACUUCUCUCACUUCGAGGACUGGCUUAAAAACGCUGAGGUCACCGCGGCGACCCCGGACUCCGCCGACGUCCUCUACACCAGCGCCAAGGAGGAGCUGAAGAAGUUUGAGGCGUUCCAGCGGCAGGUCCACGAGCGUCUCACGCAGCUGGAGCUGGUCAACAAACAGUACCGACGUCUGGCCCGGGAGAACCGCACAGACGCCGCCUGCAGACUGAAGGCGAUGGUGCACGAGGGCAACCAGAGGUGGGAGGAGCUGCAGAGGAGAGUGACGGCCGUUCUACGGAGACUGAAGCACUUCACGUCUCAGAGAGAAGACUUUGAGGGGACUCGUGAGGGGAUCCUGGUGUGGCUGACGGAGAUGGACCUGCAGCUCACCAACGUGGAGCAUUUUUCCCAGAGCGACGUCGAGGACAAGAUGAGGCAGCUGGACGGCUUCCAGCAGGAGAUCACGCUCAACACCAACAAGAUCGACGCCCUCAUCGUGUUCGGGGAGAACCUGAUCCAGAAGAGCGCUCCUCUGGACGCCGCGCUGAUCGAGGACGAGCUGGAGGAGCUUCACUCGUACUGUCAGGAGGUGUUUGGUCGAGUGGCGCGCUUCCACCACCGACUCGUCAACAGACACCCGGUCCUGGAGGAGGAGCAGGAUCUGUCGGACCGUGACACAGACCUGGACGAGCCUCCGGAUCUGACCGACGGGUCUGCGUGGAGAGAAACCAGAAGAAAGAAGGAGGAGGAGGAGGAGGACGUUUCAGCGGCGGGCGGAGUCUCGGCCGGACGUCAGGUCAUGUGCCACCUGCUGGCCCCUCCUCUAGAGCGGUCGGGGAGGGAGACCCCCGUCAGCGUGGACUCCAUCCAGCUGGAGUGGGACCACACGGUGGACGUGGGAGGAUCGUCACACGAGGAGGACGACGAGGACGUCACCUUCUUCAGCGCUCUGUCCGUGAAGUUGGUGACAGACACGCCCAGCUGGCACCAGCCCCAUUCUCCACACAGGAAACGACGUCCCAGAGAGAGCUGCAGUACUCCGUUCCACCAGCAGGGCUACGUGAAGCUGAUGUCAGAGUGCAGCGGCAGCAUUGACAGUGUGAAGAGAGUAAAAGUGAUCCUCAAUGAUGAGGAGGAGGAGCCUGAGGAGGCGGGGCUAACCAGCAGCAUGGCUGACGGACACGGCAGCACAGGUGUGAUCCAGCGCUGGGAGCUGCUUCAGGCUCAGAAAGUCGAUGCUGCGUCGGACGUCAGGCAGGACGUGGAGCAGUGGCAGAAGCUGAACUCUGACCUCUGUGAUGUCACUUCCUGGCUGGAGCAGCUGCUGCCGGAGCUGGACGAGCUUCAGCGAAUCCCAGCGUCCACAGACAUCAGGGACGUGGAGGACAACGUCAGGAGACUGAAGCUGAUGCAGAAAACCUUCAGCCGCUACAAAAGUCUCAUGAUCUCCGUCAACCUCAACGGUCGUCACCUCCCGUGUGGCGACAGUGGCGACCUGCAGGAGGCGCUGAGUGCCGCCAACGCCGGCUGGACGCAGGCGUGCGGUGGGCUGGAGAGCUGGGAGCGCGGGCUGCGUGCGGCGCUGAUGCAGUGUCAGGAGUUUCACGAGAGUCUUCACUCUCUGCUGCUGUGGCUCGCUCAGGCCGAGAAGAAGCUCAGCGUUGUUGACGUCAGCGCCGCGUCGACGGUGCCGCGCUCAGUUCUGCUGAGUCACAGAGACGCGCUGAUGGAACUGCAGGGCGACCUGCGAACUCGUCAGCGUCAGGUGUCGUCGCUGCAGGAGAUCUCGUCACAGCUCCUCCUGGAGGUGGGGGGUGGCGACAGCGUCGAGGCCAAAGAGAAAGUCCACGUCAUUGGCAACAAGCUCCGCCUCCUGCUGAGACAGGUGGACGCUGACCUUGACGUGCUGCAGCAGAGAGCGAACAAAGACACUUCACAAACAACACAAAGGCAGGAGCAGCGACGGGACUCGUCCUCACAGCGUCCGUUCCUCCACCGCGUGCUCCGCGCCGCCUUCCCUCUGCACGUGCUCUUCCUCCUCCUCCUCAUCCUCGCGUGUCUCGUGCCAGUGACCGAGGACGACUUCAGCUGCACGACGUAUAACAACUUCGCGCGCUCCUUCUACCCCAUGCUGCGCUACACCAACGGGCCCCCGCCCACAUGAGCCCUUCAAAGACUCUGUUUUAAUUUCUAUUUAUUACUAUUAUUAUUAUUAUUAUUUCCACGACCCUUAAUUUAAACAGAAGAAGCCAUAUCACUUUUAUACAUAGUUCAGAACUUUGAUCUAUUUUGUUAGCUCGGUUUUUAAUAUCAAACUUGUCAUGGUCAAAGGUUUAAAGGAAACAUCAAGUGACAAAUAAACUCGCCAUUUUCUAUCAAUGCAGCUAUUUCUGUUUCAUCACUCUGUACAGGAACUAGACAUUUAGACAAUCUGUAAAGCUGGGACAGCAAUCCAUCAACUAUUUAACAGAGUAAAUUAGUACUACACUAGUAAAAUAUUGAUAAGAUGUCUUUGGUAUUUUUACUAAACUGUCCAAGUACCACACAUCCUCCUAUUAAAGCUGCAUUAUUCCAUGUUUAACCUCUAAGGGGCAACAUUCAGGAAAAGACUGCAAUAAAACCACAGUACAUCAAUCAUGAACACAUUUGAUUCAAACCAAAAUCCACAAGUGUUUGUUUCACCUCUGCAUCCACAUUUAAAGACAUUUUAAUUUCUUUCACACAAAACUUAGGCACAGUCCCGCUAAAAUGCAGUUCUUGAAAGCGUAAAACAGACAAUUGAAAACUUGCUUUAGUGUGGAUGGUUGUGACUCACGUAGAAGAUGAACGAGUGAAUAUGUAGAGGUGAAACACUUGGUGUGUUCUUUGGUUUGGGAAGUUCAACAAACGUGGAUUUGGAUCAGCUCCAAGUUUCAUAAAAUGCUAAAUAUACUACUACAUUUUCAUUUACA